AUGUCCGCCCGCUCCGCCCCCAAAGGUGACCUCGGCAAGGUCCUCGUCGUCGGCGGCAACGGCUUCCUGGGGCACCACAUCAUCAACCAGGCCCUCGACGACUGGCGCUGCCGCCACGUCGUCUCCGUCGACCUGCGCUGCGACCGCCACCGCCGCGCCGACGCCCAGUACCACGAGUGCGACAUUACCGACGGCCCCAAGCUCGCCGCGCUCUUCUCCGAGAUCCGGCCCGACGUCGUCAUCCACACGGCCUCGCCCGUCGCCAGCGACAAUGCCGUGCACAAGGAGCUGUUUCGCCGGGUCAAUGUCGACGGCACGCGCUCCGUCAUUGAAGCCUGCCAAAAGGCGCAGGUCAAGGCCCUCGUGUACACGUCGUCGGCCAGCGUCGUCAGCGACUUCCAGACGGACCUGCACAAUGCCGACGAGCGCUGGCCCGUGAUUCGCGCGCCCCAGCAGAUUGAGUACUACUCGGAGACGAAAGCCGCGGCCGAGGAGCUCGUGACGAGGGCAAACCGCGCCGAGCCGCACCCGCGCUUCCUGACCACGUCGAUUCGCCCCGCGGGCAUCUUUGGCGAGGGCGACGUACAGGCGCUCGCCGGCCUGCUCGGCGCCUACCGCACGGGCAAGAGCAAAGUGCAGCUCGGCGACAACACCAACAUCUUUGACUUUACCUAUGUCGGCAACGUCGCCCACGCGCACCUGCUCGCCGCGCGGCUGCUGCUCGCCACGGCGUCGUCGUCCAUGUCCGCCCCGCCCCUCGACCACGAGCGCGUCGACGGCGAGGUCUUUUUCGUGACAAACGACGAGCCCGUGUAUUUUUGGGACUUUGCGCGCGCCGUGUGGCGCGCGGCCGGCAACGAGGCCGGCACCGAGGGCGUGUGGCAGAUUUCGCGCGACAUGUCGCUGCUGCUCGGCACGGCGAGUGAGAUUUUUAAUAGCAUCGUCGGUAAGAAGCCGACGUUUACAAAGCAGCGCGCUACUUUGUCGACAAUGACGAGGUACUACAACAUUACAAAGGCGAAAAUGGUGCUCGGGUACGAGCCGCAGUGGACGCUGCAGCAAGGCGUCGACCGCGGCGUCAAGUGGUUCCUGGAAAACGAAAAGGAGACGGCGGCAAAGGCGCAGUAA